AUGUCGCUGACACGAACGCUAUGGGACUCGUUUACCGGAGUUAGCCUCGCCCGGAGGCAGGACAUCACCUUCAUCCCAGGCCAAUGCUACGAUGACUGCAACGACACCGCCCUAGGGGUCCAACAAGACAGUAAAAAUUCCUCCAUCUGCGAAGCCAACUCGCCGUUCCAGCAAGCCCUCGGUCUCUGUCGGGAGUGUAUCAACGCCUUUGCCAAAGACGAUAACUCCACUAGCUGUGGCGACAACGGAUGGGAUUCAGUCCGGUCGACCUUCCAGCGGUUUUUGAAUCUCUGCGAGGGGAGUACCAACACCACCGACGCCCAGAAGGUUGUGGAGCUUCUUUCGAGCAAGUCGGUGCUGGAUUGUUCUUUGGCUCAGCUUACAGGGACGGGGACGGGGACGGAAACUACGACAUCUGCCCUGACGACGACAACGACGAGUGAAAGCCCCGGUAUGAUCACUAUUACGGCGAUUCCGUCGAAUUCUGCGAGUUCUAGCCUCAAUGCAGAAGUCAUAGCGCCGUCUGUGGUUGUGCCGGUGAUGGUUGUUAUUGCGGCUAUAAUUGCGGCGGCUCUGUUCAUGCGGCGGCGAAGACGGCGACGACAGAAGCAGACGCCGGGAGAUGAUGCUGCUAUUGACUCAGAUAAUAAGAGUGGGUUUUUUGGAAAGCUGGAGUUACCUGCUGAUUCCUUUCGACCGGAGUUGGAGGGCGCGAACCCAGCUGAAAUGCGCGUGGCGAAUCCCGGGGUGAUUGCAGAGUUGCCAGCGCGGGAGGUUGUUGGGAGUGAGUUAGAUGCAAGAACAUCUUGA